CUGCAAUAUUGAUCCCCUCCCAGUCCCUGACUCUUUACCCAGUGCAAUGAUAUCCAGAGCAAGGGCUUUGAGACAGGAAGUGAGGCGUGUUUUCACUAUGAGUGAUCUGAGAAGAAGGCGGGUGAGCGGAGAUAGCAGCUGUUUCAUGCAAGGGGAGCACAGUAAGUCCGUUUCCCAGCAAUUUAGGUGAGGUGGCUUCAGGGGAAGAACUCAGCGCUGCUGCUGAGGUUUCACAGCUAAAGAUGUGGGAAGGGAUACGCUGUGUCUUUGGAUCACUGCAGCAGGUAAAUCACUUCUGGACUCUCUCCCUUCUCGUUGUUAGAACUGCUGUGGAAACUCCCUCCAGUUAGAGCUUGGUGGAGGACCUGCUCUUCUUUAAUGGCUGCCACUGCCACUGCUGGUUGAUUGGCAGGAUACUUCAGGGCUCCUUAUUGCUUGGGAGAAGACUGCUACUUCCCUUCAUUUUCCAGCGUGUUGAUAGCUUUUCAUCACUGUCCGUGGGGAAAGAUGCCGUUACCUUUUGGGCUCAAAUUGAAACGAACUCGACGUUACACAGUGUCCAGCAAGAGCUGCUUGGUGGCCCGCAUCCAGCUGCUCAAUAAUGAAUUUGUGGAGUUCACUCUUUCUGUGGAGAGCACCGGCCAGGAAAGUCUGGAAGCUGUGGCUCAGAGACUCGAACUGCGGGAGAUUACUUAUUUCAGUCUGUGGUAUUACAAUAAGCAGAACCAGCGCCGGUGGGUGGAUUUGGACAAGCCUCUGAAAAAGCAACUGGACAAAUAUGCUUUGGAGCCGACAGUAUAUUUUGGAGUGGUGUUUUAUGUGCCUACUGUUUCUCAGCUUCAGCAGGAGAUUACCAGAUACCAGUAUUAUUUGCAAUUGAAGAAAGAUAUCUUGGAGGGAAAAAUUCCUUGCCCAUUAGAGCAAGCAAUUCAUCUGGCUGGGUUAGCUGUUCAAGCUGACUUUGGAGACUACGAUCAAUAUGAAUCUCAGGAAUUUCUACAAAGAUUUGCCUUGUUUCCUGUGGGUUGGUUACAAGAGGAAAAAGUCCUGGAGGAAGCAACACAGAAAGUGGCCUUGCUGCAUCAAAAGUAUAGAGGCCUUACACCUCCUGAUGCAGAAACGUUAUAUAUGCAAGAGGUAGAGAGAAUGGAAGGCUAUGGUGAAGAGAGCUACCCUGCAAAGGACAGCCAGGGAAGUGACCUAUUUAUUGGGGCAUGCCUUGAUGGUAUCUUUGUGAAACACAAAAAUGGCCGGCCUCCUGUUAUAUUUCGGUGGCAUGACAUUGCCAAUAUGUCCCACAACAAGUCCUUUUUUGCAUUAGAACUGGCAAAUAAAGAAGAGACAAUCCAGUUCCAAACUGAGGACAUGGAAACAGCAAAAUAUGUGUGGAGGAUGUGUGUGGCCAGACACAAAUUUUACAGACUAAAUAAAUGUAGCCUAGACUCCCCAGACUCUCCGCCUGUGGAAGGCUCUCAGAAACCUUUCCUCAUUCUUUCCUUUCCACGCUUUCCAAUUCUUUCUCGUCCUUCUCUUCCCAAAGGACAAACCCAGGCUGUUACAGUGAAUCCAGUUAGAAGGAGGUCCUCUUCCAGGAUGUCUCUGCCCAAGCCACAGCCUUACAUGAUGCAACCACCACCUCCUCUGCAUUACAAUGGACACUACACGGAACCAUAUACAUCGUCCCAAGAUAACCUUUUUGUGAGCAAGCAGAAUGGAUACUACUACCAUUCUCAGACUAGCUUGGAUAGAGCUCCACAUGACUACAACGGCAGAAUUCGCAAUGGGAGUGUCUAUAGUGCACACAGCACAAACUCUUUGAAUAAUCCACAGCACUACUUGCAGCCAUCUCCCAUGUCCUCUAACCCAAGCAUUACUGGAAGCGAUGUCCUGAGACCUGAUUAUGUUCCAUCGCAUCGACACAGUGCGCUAAUACCACCUUCUUAUCGGCCUACACCAGAUUAUGAAACUGUGAUGAGACAGCUUAACAGAGGAAUGAUACACACAGAUAGGCAGAGUCAUUCUAUGAGAAAUCUUAACAUCAGCAAUUCAUAUGCCUACAGUAGGCCUGAUGCUCUGGUCUAUAGCCAACCUGAAAUCCGAGAACAUGCUCACUUCACCUCCCCCCAAUCUAAUCACUAUCCUUUUAACCUGAGUUACAGUUUUCAUAGCCAAUCUCCCUACCCAUAUCCUGCUGAACGGCGUCCAGUUGUUGGAGCGGUCAGUGUCCCUGAGCUAACAAAUGUACAGCUUCAGGCUCAGGAGUAUCCAGCACCAAACAUCAUGAAGACCCAGGUCUAUCGACCUCCUCCCCCUUACCCAUACCCAAGACCUGCAAACAGUACACCAGACCUUUCCCGACAUCUUUACAUUAGCAGCAGCAAUCCAGAUCUAAUCACACGGCGAGUCCACCAUUCUGUUCAGACGUUUCAGGAGGACAGCCUGCCUGUUGCACACUCCCUUCAGGAAGUGAGUGAGCCCUUAACAUCAGCACGGCAUGCUCAGCUACAGAAAAGGAACAGUAUUGAAAUAGCUGGACUUGCCCACAACUUUGAAGGCAUAAGAAUUAAAGAACGGACCAUGUCAGCCUCUGCUGCAGAUGUGGCCCUUCCAAGGGUCAUGUUGGCAGGGUCACAGCCCAGCGUUUUCAUGGAGAGAACAAAGCAAGAAGAAAAUAAGGAGCAAGAAGAAAGUUUGAACUGUGAUCAUAAGAAGUCUCUUUCAGAUGCCACUAUGCUGAUUCACAGCAGCGAGGAAGAGGAAGAAUUUGAAGAAGAAAACAAAGCUAGUACAACUCUGACUCCUCUCUCUGAUGAUCAAACCCAGCUUUCUGCUGUUAUGGGUGGUUAUCCUCAUGAAUCCUUACUAAGUUACCCCUACAAUUCUGUUGCUUCAUCUCCUGGCCCUUUGCAUAUCCUUGAGCCUACGUUACAUAUUUCGGAGACGGAAAAGAGGAUAAAAGAUGUGAGCCCAGUACACUUAAUGGCUGAAACUCAGGUGCAGAGAAGAGGUGAAGGAUUGCUGACUCCAUCUAUGUCAGAAUCUGAUCUUACGACUUCGGGAAGGUACAGAGUGAGAAAAGAUUCUCUGAAAAAGAGACCUGUCUCUGAUCUUCUGUCAGGGAAGAAUAAUAUAGUGGAAGGUCUUCCCCCUUUAGGAGGUAUGAAAAAGAAUAGAACUGAUGCAAAAAAAAUAGGGCCUCUGAAGCUAGCUGCCCUAAAUGGACUAACCUUGUCUCGAAUGCCUUUGCCAGAUGAGGGUAAAGAAGAGCCUACCAGAGCAACAAAUGAUGAACGGUGUAAAAUUCUAGAAAAACGGCUGGAACAGGGAAUGGUGUUUACCGAGUAUGAGCAGAUUCAAAAGAAAAGGCUCCUGGAUGGAGAAUGCUCAAUAGCCCGGCUCCCUGAAAAUGCAGAGAGAAACAGGUUCCAGGAUGUCGUUCCCUAUGAUGAUGCCAGAGUGGAGCUGGUCCCAACCAAAGAAAACAACACUGGCUAUAUCAAUGCAUCCCAUAUUAAGGUCUCUGUCAGUGGCAUUGAGUGGGACUAUAUUGCUACACAGGGCCCUUUGCAGAAUACGUGUCAGGAUUUCUGGCAGAUGGUGUGGGAACAAGGGAUUGCCAUUAUAGCAAUGGUGACAGCAGAAGAGGAGGGUGGGCGAGAAAAGAGCUUCAGGUACUGGCCCCGACUUGGCUCAAGGCACAACACUGUCACCUAUGGGAGAUUUAAGAUUACUACACGAUUCCGGACAGACUCUGGCUGCUAUGCAACUACAGGCUUGAAGAUCAAACACCUUCUCACAGGGCAGGAGAGAACAGUUUGGCAUCUGCAGUACACUGACUGGCCAGAGCAUGGGUGCCCAGAGGAUCCCAAGGGAUUUCUGUCAUACUUGGAGGAGAUACAGUCAGUGCGGCGCCAUACAAACAGCACAGCAGAUCCUAAAAGCUCUAACCCUCCUGUACUGGUGCACUGCAGUGCAGGUGUAGGAAGAACGGGAGUGGUCAUAUUGUCAGAGAUCAUGAUUGCCUGUCUGGAACACAAUGAGAUGCUGGACAUCCCAAGAGUGCUGGACAUGCUGAGGCAGCAGAGGAUGAUGAUGGUGCAGACUCUCUGUCAAUACACUUUCGUCUAUGGAGUUCUCAUUCAAUUCCUUAAAAGUUCUAGGCUUAUAUGAUGCCCACCACUUCCUGUGGGACUGAAUCAUCUCAAGAGUUUAUAAAAGGAGAAUUGCAAUUGUCCAGGCAUACUUGCCUUUCUGAUGUUUUCCUGAAUAGAUAACUCACGCAGGGUUACCUUUUCGGCAUGGUGUGGGGAUAUUAAAUGCAAGUGCAAGGUAUCAACCUUUGCAAAGCAAGGUAUUGACUGGACUAACUUCUUUCUGUGUUCAGCUAUGUUAGGAAGGUUCUAACAUAACACAACUGUGCUCUUGUGAAGUACCUGCCCACCUUCUUGAGAUUGUGUUACUCUGGGUAAAUUAACAGUCCACUUUACCAAAAGUACACUGGGCAAUUUUGGAAAUAACCAAUUUUUUUUUAAGCCUAAAUUGCUUUUUUAAAAACAGAGCAUGAGCUCUGAGCGUGGAAAAAAUAUCUUUAGAGUUGCAUAGCGAGGGGCAUGACUGCCCCAUUGGAAUGCCAAGGUCUUAAGUAGUCUCACUCUACUUUUCAUUUUGUAUUUAAAACAAUGCUAAUAUAUUUUUAAAAAUAGACUUGGUUUCUUCUGGUUCAUUUAGCAGAACUAGCAGCUGCUAGAAACCUAAAAACAUCAGGACAGUUAUUUUUCUAUUCAGCAAAUUUAAUUGUUUUAGUCUUCAAAGAGCUCUACAUUUAUAAACAGCACAAGUUUUCAGAGAAGAGCAGAAACGAAGACACUCAAAUUAACUUUUCAGGAUUUGUACAAAAGUGAAAAGUACAAGAGGAAACUGUUGGUACCUGUAGAGUUCCAGGUAGUAGAAUUGGCAAGAGAAAAGUCUUGUUACCUGCAGAGUGCUAGGUAGUAAAAUUGUCAAGUAGAAGGCAUUUUCUAGGUGACAUAAAUGGUAAGAGAGAGGCACAGUUGCCUACAGAGUUGUAGGUAAUAAUCAGCAAGGGGAAGAGGUUAUUGUCAGCGGUUUUAGGUAAAAGUAAAUUAACAAGAGAAGGUCAGUUACCUACAGGGUUCUAGGUAACAAAAUGGACAAGAGGAGCUCUAUAUUCAGUAUUAUUCAUAUAUUUAGAGGACAGUUUGAUUUUACUGGUUGAAAUCGAAGUGGAUGCAAAUGAUGUUUUAAGCACUUUUUUUUUUUUGCUCUUGUUUAUAUAGCUAAGCAUAUAAACUGUAACCAUAUAUCAUUUAAUAGACUAAAGUACCAUUACUAACCUAACUGUUAAUUUAGGAAGAGCCUUUGGAAAUGAUGAAGUGAGAGAUAACAGAACUUAAAAGUAGGACGUUGCAUAGUGGUGAAAUGGGGAAUGAGUAUGUGCAAAUGAUGGUGCAAGUGUGAUGGCUGUGAUUUUUGGUUGCACGUGGUUAGUGCAAAGACUUCAGUAUUUUUACUCUCUCUAGCAAGAAAAGCUUAAAAACAUCUUAAUUUACAGUAGAGUUCUUGAGCUUAUUUUGUUAAUCAGCAGAAAGGUUUUCAUUAGCCUUGUAUGGUAUUGUUGAGUUAAGGGUGUUUAUGAUAUACAGGAGGCCAUCUGAGAAUGAUAGCAACACUCAGAAAUGAUAAUUGAUGAUGUUGGAGAUGUGGGUAUUUUAGUGACCUCCUUUGCUCAAAAGAUGGUAGCAUGGUCACUGGAUGGGGCAUGAAACUGGAAGUCAAGAGACCUGAGGGUCUGUGCCCUAUUCUGCCACCAACUCGCUGUGACCUAAGUCAGAUCACUUCACCUCUCUGUGCCUCAGUUUUUCUAUUUGUAAAACGGGUAAUAAUGUUUCCCCACCUUCGUAAGGUGCUUUGCGAUUUAGAGACAAACAGCUCAAUUCAAGAGCACUCUUUGUUGUUUGUAGUUGUCUACUGGUCAGUUGGAUCUCUAAAUCUUUGGAGGACCAGUUAGUGAACAGACAAACAUUUUGUACCUCCCCCCGAGAUACCUGCUCCACAGACUGGAAUGGGAUUAGCAUUUAUUUGUCAGUCAUUUUUAUGAUGGUCAAGAUGAUUCUAUUUACUUCUGAUUAUCUGUGAGGAAGCUUUUAAGCCAUAGUGUAAGAGACUAAAAGCUCCCUUCAUAAGAAAAAAUUAUGUGUAAAUUUUAAUUAAAGGAUAAUAAAGGUUUUCUUCAGUUUCCUCUGUAAUGAUCUGCUCCCAAAAUGAUAGACAAGGUCCAAAUGCCAGUGUUAAAAUAUCACUCCCCGCCACAAAUUAUAUUACUUUGGGGUAAAUUGCAAGAGCCAUGUAGUGUUUUUUGGUGCCCUUUCCAACUCGUGUUGCCCUUGGUAAAAUGAGUUUUAUGUAGAGUUGCCGUUGCCAUUCUAAGCAUUGUUCUGUUAUGUUUCAUAAAGUGAAGAUAUGGUCUGUGCAUCCAUGCCCUUUCUGAAAGCCUUCUCAGAAAAGAGCAAGCUGGUUAUCGACUGUCUCUGAUAUAUGCUGGACUAUGAUCUUGCACAAUACUUUACUUGGUGCGAUACAAUACCAGUUAUUACAAUCACUGAGAGUUCCUUUCUUUGGUAUCUUCACUAUAACCCCAUUGGUCCACUCACUUGGCACUUUUUUUCCCUUUCCCAGACUGAUGUAAAUAGAGGGGCCAGUAUAGAUGCUGCUAACUCAGGAUUUAUCUUGAACAAUUCUGCAUUCAAGUUAUCCUUGCCAAGAGUUUUCCCUUUUUUAACAAUUUGAUGGCUUGAAUGAUCUCUUCCUCAGUUGGAAUGUCUGUGUCGAUAUCAUCUUCUGCCUCCUGGAUGUUUGCUCUGUCUUUAGGUGGCUACCUGUUCAGCAAUUCUUUGGAAUGCUCUGUCUAGCGCAUUUCUUGUUCAUUUUCAGUUGCUAGUAGGUGGCCUUGUUUGUCCCUGAUGAGAGUAUUUGUUGGUGUCUGACGUUUACUACUGAUAAGCCACAUCAUUUUGUAGACUGUUCCUUGUUCAUCACGAGCAGCUGCAUCAUAGAAUCUUAGAACAUCAGAGUUGGAAGGGACCUCAGGAGGCCAUCUAGUCCAACCCUCUGCUCAAAGCAGGACCAAUUCCCAACUAAAUCAUCCUAGCCAGGGCUUUGUCAAGCCUGACCUUCAAAAAAGCAUGCUCUGCUUGUGUUGCCAGAUUAUCAAUAUAAUGCUGUUUGUCCACUCUCACAAGGUGUUUGACUUCCCGGUGUGCCUUGCUAUACUGCUCAUGGUAUUUGUUCUUUAGCUUCUGGGAUUUUGUGUCUAAAACUCUUCUUCAGGGCUCAUCUGGUUUCUAUGGCAUUCCAUAUGCUGGGUGGAAUCAGCUCCUUCCUUCUCUUCUGCCUGUAGCCUAGACAGGCAUCACUGCUCUGUUUAUAAAUUGCUGUUACUUUGCCCCACUUCUUGCAUUCCCCUCCUCUUUAUCAAGGUCUGCAAGUGCUUGAAACCUGUUUUUUAACUGGAAAACAAAGGCUUUCUGUAUUUCAGGGGCCUUUAGCUUGUCAAUGUCAUAAUGUCCAUGUCCCUUGUUUGGUGGACCCACACUUCUCAGUUUUAGCUUGAUGGAGGCUGUCACAAGGUGGUGGUCGCUACCAACAUCUGCACCCCUUCUCACUUUCACAUCUGUCGGUAAGCGUUGCCAUUGAUCAUGAUAUGGUCAUUCUGGUUCUUAUCUCUGCCAUUUGGAGAACACCAUGUUAGCUCGUGAAUUUCACAAUGUUGAAAUAGGGUUCCGCCAAUGACUAGUUCAUUCAUAUUACAGAAACCAACAAGCCUCUCUCCAUUUUCAUUCAUGGUGCCACACCCAUGUCUUCCCAUUGCUCCGUCAUUGUUUAUGUUGUCCUUACCAACCUUGGCAUUCAGGUCUCCCAUGACGGUAGGUCGUGGCAUGGUACUCCCUCUAACUCUACCUAUAAUGUAAGGUAGAAUUUGUCCUUUACUUCUUCAUCACUCUCAUUUGUCAGAGCAUAGCACCGAAUCAGGGUGAUAUUAUGUUUCCCUUUCAGUCUGGCUCUCAUAAGUCUGCUGCUGAUGGAUUUCCAUUCAAGCAGGGAAUGCUCCACAACCUUCUUCAAAGGAGAACACCACCCUCAUGGUGUUGUCCAUCAUCCUGUCCAGAAUACAGCAAAGUUUCUCUCGAGGCUGUUGUUAAUCUUCCUGAUCCUGUCCAUCUGCUCUCGCUGACACCCAGGAUGUGUAAGCUGUAGCGUCUCAUCUCUGCUGUGACCUGAGCUAGCUUCCCUGUUUCGUACUUUGUCCAUAUGUUCCAAAAAACAAGUCUGGUUUUUGUCUUGGUGUUGAGCACUUCAGUCUUCAUGCUAGUGGCUUCCUUUCAGCUGUCACCACUGGCAGUCAUACGGGUCAUUGACUCCUGAAAGCCGUUACACACAGUAAUGGUCGAUUUCUCCGUCACUUUUUUCUGUAACAUAUUUUGUUUUUUACGGGACAAGGUUGUUAGCUCUGUGCCUAAUCCUCAACCUGGAGGACCAGGGUGUCUAUUUUGUCUGUCCCCUCUCCCACAGACCAAUCCAGUAUGGCUGAACCUACCAGGAGCAAAAAGCCCCUGCCGACACAGACUCUGGGGAUUGUGAGAGCACGCAAACUGUCCCGCCAUGACAAAGCACGGAUACCAGAGCACAUUCUGCGGGCAUAUGGAAUCCCUUUUACGUAUAAUCAACAUCAUCAAAAGCUUUUAUUUCAACUUUACAUGCAGUGUUGAUCACAGUGAGCUCAGUUUUGAAGUCAAAACAGGAGUACUUCAGGGACUGUGUCAUGUCUGCAAUCCUCUUCAACAUUUCCAUUGGCUGAGUAAUGCAGUGUACAACAAAAGACAUGCCAAGAGGCAUUAAACGGACACCCAUCCCUUGAAGACCUGGAUAUCACAGAUGAUCUUGCUCUCCUAUCACAUAUCCAACACCAUAUACAAGAAAAAACAAAUUGACUCAAUGCAUUCAGCCAGCAAAUUGGGCUGAAAAUGAACUGCAAUAAGACAUAAUAACAAAUAAUAUUGCCUCACCAUCACCAGUACGGAUAGAGGAUUAUAUUCUCACUGAUGUGGAAAUACUCACAUAUUUGGGCAGCACCAUCAGCCAGGACAGUGGAACAAGCCAGGACAUUUGGAACAAAAUCAAUAAAGCCAGGAACACCUUCAGGAGCUUAAAUACAGUCUGGAAAUCAUCAACAUACAAAACUAAAACCAGACUCAAGAUUUAUCAGAGCUGUGUACUUUCAACAUUACUUUACUUUAUAGUGCAGAAUUCUGAGGAAUGAGAAAGUAUGACAUGUCCAAACAGUCUUCAUUCUAUAUAACUAGCCUCAGAAAAAUCCUCUGUAUAUUUUGGCCCAGAACGAUCUCAGACCAAGAUCUACUGACACAGUGCAGCCAAGAGGAUCUGAGCACCAUCAUUGCCAGGAGAGGUUUGAGAUGGAUUGGUCAUGUGUUUCGGAUGGAAACUGAUUCCAUCACCAGAGUGGCAAUAAGAUGGACACCUGAAGGCAAGCAAAAACCAGGCCGCCCGAAAACAACAUGACAAAGAGCUGUGGAAGCCGAGUUGAAAAACUUGGAGCACAGCUGGGAAACCAUUGAAAGACUUGCCAGAAACAGACAGGAGUGGAGGAGCUUUGUUGCUGCCCUAAACGCCAGAGGCGUAAUAGGAACAUGAUGAUGAUGAAGAAAAAGUUUAAGCACAACAGAGAGAACCUUCUCUUCUUCUUAACUGUAGGCCUAAGAUAACAUACUUACCAUGUCUUUGCCCAACCAGAACCACACCUGGCAGGAACAAUGCCUUGAUCCAGAGGAAACUAAUCACUGAAGAGGAGGCACGCUAUAAUUCACAUCUGCUAACCUACAAACUACCUGCAACUUAUAUGUCAAAUGGUUUAUCAGCACCUCUCAGAAUCUGGCUUCAUGGGCCCACUUCUGCAGUUCUUUCAUGUAUAGACUUUACUUCAGCAUCAACAUUCAUAUAAAUCAGUGGGAUUACUCAUGUGAGUAAGAAUUGCUGGAUCCAGCUCUAUGAGAGCAUUCUAGCCAACCUGUUUCUCUCCAAAAGAUUUAUCAAUCAGAAUGAAAUUCAACAGCUCUCUGUACCAAAAUGAAACUUAAAAUUGCUGUUGAACUUAUUAAGAAACUGUGUUUAAGUUUAAAUGUGUACUCAGGCAUUAGCAUUCCAAUGCUUUGAACCUUCAAAACCACACAUUUGUCCAUGCAAACUGGAUGGAUAUCUGUACCGUGUUUCUUCAUAGAAUAUUGAUCAUUACAAGGGAAUUGUUGCUAAACCCAGCCCCAGCCAGGGAUGCAGAUCCGUUUAUUUGCCAAAGGCUUAAAAUUCCAUUCCAAGUGGGUCCAGGUUCACCAAAUCCACUUUCCUACCUUACUGAUGUCGAAAUAUUAGGGAGAAACUACAAUACAUAUAUAAUUAAAGUUUAAGCUGUAUUCUUUGUUACAGAAAGUCUGUUGAAUAAAGAUGAUUUUGCAAUAAAUAGCACGGAAAAGAUACUGCUCUUUUUCAGAGUUAGAAUUUCAGAAUUCUCAGGGACAACUAAAGGUGCUGCUACUGGAAAUACAUAGUCAAACUUCGCACUCUCUCUUGUAGGACUAAAUGGAAACUACUUCUUUAGGAUCAAACUCUGCAAAGUCUGAGGCUAUGUCUACACUACAAAAUUAAGUCGAGCUGACUUACAUUGGCAUACAGCCACUCUAGUAAUUACAUCACUUGUGCGUGUCUACGCUUUGUUCCUUUUUGUCAGCGGUGCAUAUCCUCAUCAAGAGCACUUGCAUCAAUUGUGCUGUCAGUGUGGGGCACUGGUGGGAUGGCUCCGGAAAGCCAGUAAUGGUCAAUGUAAGCAACGCAGUGUCUACACUGACACAGCAUCAACCAAACUACGUCGAUCUUGACUCUAUGCUGUUCAUGGAGGUGGAGUAUUAAGUUGGCAUAGCAGGCAGUUAUGUCGGUGGGAGCCAAAUUUAAGUGUAGACACUUCUGUAGUUAAAGAUGCCUUGCAUCGAUCUAACUCUGUAGUUUAGACCAGGCCUGAGUUAAGAAUCACUUUAAAAAAAAAAAAAUUGGAGGCUCUACCAAUGGCUUCUGCGCACUCCCUUGAUGUGGGAGUUUUGGCCAGUGGAUCUGUACAGUCAUGGACAAGCUCUUCUCUACGGGCCUGAUCCAGACCCCUUUGAAAUUAAUAGAAAGAUGCCCAGUGACUCAGUAGGCUUUGGAUCAGGCUGUAAAUCACUCCUCUAUAAUUCUGUGGCAUGAGUCCCAUGGAACAUUACUCCAUGACACACACACAGUUCCUCUGUGUGGCUUCUCCGCAUCCUGCACAGUAAAACUAUGGUGGUAGCACUGCAUAUAGGAAUGUCCACCCUUGUGGAUAGCUGGGCCAGAUUUAGGCCAUAGUGUCCGCUGUGCAUGUAAUAACACAAGUGAACAGGUUAAAAAUACAACUCUAGGGAUCUAUUGAUAUUUUUAGAAAUACAUUUAAUUACAAGGAACUUAGCAAAGCAGGGCCCAUGAUUUUUUUUUGAUAAAGGCAGCAGUAAAUUGUAAUCAGUAUUUUCAAAGAGAAAUGUAGUAGAGUGUUAUAAAUAUCACAUAGAUGGACUAAACUGAAAGAACAUCUUUUUGCUAUUAGUUUAUUUGUGUUUUUCUAUCUACUGCAUGUGUAUUGCUGGGUUAAUACUUAGGGCAUGCAGGGAAUUCUGUCAAAGUAGCUUCUUAAAUUAAUAAGCAGGACUGAGUAGUGAAAGAAGAACUAUUUGUAUUUAACUUUUCAUUACCAGAAGCCAUAUUCGGCUGCUGAAGAAUCAUUAAACAGCUGAUCCAAAGCCCAUUGAAGUUAAUGGAGGUGAGAGGGAGGGUAUUUUUCUAGUGACUUCUCUGGAUCAGUCCCCAGGUGCUUGAUCAAUUACCUUCCAAAGAGGUAUUUGUAUUAUGGUGCCUCUGUCUUAACACUAUGCAGCCAGGUUAAUAAAGUCAUGGGCAUUUUGCAAGAUUGGGCUGAUUGUAAACUGCGAAGAAAUAAGGUAAACACAAAGCAAAUUUCACUCACUUGCCUUUUAAGUGUUUCACAUAAGGGUGAACUCCCCCCCCCAUGCUAAUAAAUUAAGGAAAGGAUUAAAUAAUUUAUUUCAUUUAUCAAAGAAGUGAAACUGCCAUUCAAAGAGAUUUAUAGAAGUAGUGUGGAAAAUAUUAUUCUUAGAAACUGAGGUUUUCUUAGAGCAGGUGAGGGGAUGGGACGAUGUCAAUCCAUAAAAAUGACCAGUCCAACAAUGAAAUUUGCAAAGAAUUGUAAAUUAAUUUGAUUCACAUCUACAAACUCUAUCCGGCAACAUGCUGAGCUCCCUCAGUUCUGUGAAAUCAAUGGUGGCAGUUGAAAGCACUCAGCACUGAUGCAGGAUAAGGCCCACAGAGCUUAAAUACUCACAUCUCCUUUUAAAUUUAAACACAGAUACGUGAAAUAGGUAAAAACAAUGGAUCAGGAUUCUCCAUCUGUAGACUCUUGAAAAAUGAAAAGGAUAAGCGGGUAAGAGUUUCUCCAAAUCUGUGUCUCUUGUACUAACUCUGACAUGUGGAAUAGGGGAUAAGAGUGCAGGGAGUGGCUAGAGCAGUGGUCAGCAACCUCUGGCACGCGGCUUGCCAGGGAAGCACCCUGGCGGGCUGGGCCAGUUUGUUUACCUGCCGUGGUCGCAGGUUCGGCAGAUUGCGGCUCCCACUGGCCAUGGUUCGCCACUCCAGGCCAAUGGGGGCUGUGGGAAGUGGCAGCCAGCACAUCCCUCGGCCUGCGCUGCUUCCCACCGCCCCCAUUGGCCUGGAGUGGUGAAAUGUGGCCAGUGGGAGCCGCGAUCCGCCGAACCUGCAAACACAGCAGGUAAACAAACUGGCCUGGACCACCAGGGUGCUUACCCUGGCUAGUCAUGUGCCAGAGGUUGCCGACCCCUGGGCUAGAGGCAAAUGGAGAAGGUUUUGGAACAAUUUUUAUCGACACUAGAGCAGCUGGAAAGGUUUGAUUCAUAUAGGAUGUUUUGUGAGACAUAGUAGGGUAAGUGACUGUGUAGUCAGAUUCUGUUUUUGCGGGGUUUUUAAAAAAAUGCUUUUUGAAACGCCGAACAUUUUAGUUCAGAGGCUGUGUUUAUUUAAAAAACCAAACUCUUUUGCAAGUUUAUUCUGUGCAACCUAUCAGCUCAGCUUCUGUUUACAGACUUAGGGUCUGCAAAACACUGGUCUCUGGUUUUACACUUGCAAAGAGCAAGGGAAAAUAAGUGUUUGCACUGGCAACUAUUUGUGUGUGCAAUUAAAGUCAUUUAGAUGUUCAGGUACAUGCUUUCUGGGUGCAGUCAGGUAUUUACAGUAGACAUGACUGACCUACAUUGUGCCAGGUUAAGGCUGGGCUUCAAAUUAGGCCUUUAAGCUGUAGCAUUUAACCAUGAACAUAGAAGUCAUAUUUCAGUGCAGCACAUGCAGUGAUCUUAACGCUUCAAAUAAUCACACAAACUUUCACAGCUUUUUUAGGCAUGGCUGUACAGUCAAACCUUAUUACUAAGAUGCUGUUGGGACCAGCUAAUUUGGUUCAUUCUGUUUUGGUCACAUAUAUUAUUGUUUACUAAUCAGCAGGGAUUCUGUACUUAACAAAAAAAUUGAAUUUUUUAGUUAAUAUGCAUUUUAAAACAAAAAGUUAGGAAGUGAGCUUUGACUAUAUUUGUCACAGUUUUCCACAAGACACUGCAUUGUGAAAUGAAGGAUGUGCCUCCACUGUGUUUUCUCUCAAGUUUUCUUUCUUUGGCUAUAAAUGAUGAUGGGAGGCAGGUAUUAAAUUUGAUGUACAAAGGAGCUAAUGAAUACAGAUGACAAAAGAUACACCACUGCAGCAGGCUAGACAAUUGUUUUGUAUAAACUUUGUCAUGUCAUUUUAUUUCAAAUAUUCAGCAGUCAGAAUCUUACCAAAUAAUCAUCUUUAUGAAGUAUUGUUUCAGAAGAUGCCUAACCUUAUAAAGGAAAAUUAGAUGACAUUUUUCUGUUGGAAAAUGCUAAAGUAAAACUUAGACUUGAAAGUACUAUAAUGAGAAUUUUCAGCACACCGGCUUUCUAGAAUCAUUGAAUUUAGAGAUAGAAAAAGAUCUGUUAGAUCAUCCAGUCCAUCUCCUUGCUCUAAUGCUAGAGAAUUCUCACAAAGAAGAUAAACAUAGUCCAUGUACAGGGCCCUUGCCUGAACUAUUUCUGUACUCAAAAUGCCUGUCAAGUGUAUUGCUGAGAUUGGAUGGGACUUCAGUGGGAGUUUUAGGGUCUUGAUCCUGCAAAGUCCUGAACACUCAUCAGGUUCUGACUAAGCAUUCCUGCAAGUUGCUGAGAUUGCUUAACUUUCACUAAAGUUAGUGGGAGUCAAGGUGUUUCAACAGCUUGUAGCAAAGGAAUGCAGGAUCUGGCCCUAGUUGCAUCCUUUUCCUUCGAGCCAGUAUGCAGGGUUGUAUACACUACUUUGUUUAAACAGUAGCACACGUGGAUUUUCAAGUAUUAUUUUUCGAAUAUCAAGCUAGUUAAUAUGUAUGUUUUGCUGUAUUGCCAUCAAUACUGUAAAAAUGUAUAAUCAGUACAGCUUUAAUUCUUGUAAAAUUGAAAUUGGUUUGUAAAACAAUGUACAAAUUGUGUUUCAGAGACAGAAAAGCUUGUAUUACUGAAUAUGUAAUAUAUGUGAAAUGAAUAUAUCAUAGUCUAUUUUUGCCAUGGAAAUAAAUAUUUGAAGCAA